AUGGAACACGAAACAUCCAACAUGCGCGCGGCCGAUCGCCAUCAUAGCCAUAGGUCUCACACUCGUUCCAUGUCGCCCCGCCGCAACAGUAACGGUCACGACAGGGUUCGCGAUCACAGCCGCAGUCGCAGGCAUCAUCGAAGAUCGCAUUCACCUGGCUACAGCUCAAAGCAUGGCAAUAGACACAGAGAACGGAGACAUCAUCGAUAUGAGCGCAACGAAAUUUCCCCGGUAUCCGCGGCACCCCCUGUCCUGCCGUACAAUACAAGACAACUCUCGAAGCGGGAUCUUUCUCAAUUAGAGCCUCUGUUUGCGAUGUAUUUGGAUAUACAAAAGGGCAUUAUAAUCGAAGACUUGAGUGAAGAGGAAGUCAAGGGGAGGUGGAAAAGUUUUAUCAAGAAAUGGAACCGUGGAGAACUCGCUGAAGGAUGGUAUGACCCUGCCACCUUCGCGAAGGCUAAGGAUAGCUUGGACAAUGAGCGCCCCAAAAGUAUGAACAGAGACUCGGCAUCUUUGAGCCCACCAGAGCCAUCUGGAAAUGAAGAUUCCGUCCCAAAUGAUACAGGAAGAGAUGAGGCUAUGCUAGAAGAUGAAGACGAUGAGGAUUAUGGGCCUAAGCUUCCUCGCGGAGCUCUUACCUCCAGGGGCCUUCCAUCUGGUCCCACAAUACCAAACCUCCAAGACCUAGAGCUUCAGCGCGAACAAGCUCGCGCGGACUGGCAAACUGCCCGCUCGGCCGCCCACGCUCAACACAAAGGGAAUGUUUUGUCCCACAAAAGCCAUCUUCGCGCAUUCGAAGACGAAGUUGCCCCUCGAGCAGAACCCGGUACACACGAGCGCAAAAUGGAGAAGAAGAGGGAGGCAGCAGCAGCAAAUCGGGAAUUCGCAGCCGGCAGAAGAGGGGGUUCCCCGGCGAUGGACGCCGCGCCGGAGGCAGAACUAAUGGGUGGUGGUGGCAAUGAUGAUCUGGAAGCACUGAAAAGGGCGAGAGAGCAUGAGACACGUAAGAAAAACGAGAGAGAAAGACGCCGUGAAGAAAUCUUAAGGGCCAGAAAGGCCGAGAGAGAGGAACGUUUAGCCGAAUACAGGCAGAAGGAAGAGGAGACUAUGGGGUGGUUGAAGGCUUUAGCCAAGCAGCGAUUUGGAUAA